UUCACCUGUGGUCGAAAUAGCUUCAUCUUCCGCCAAAAGCGCUGACGAAAGGCAGCAGAGAUGAUUUCCCGCCCCGUGGCUGCGACUCUGGGCUGCUGCGGAUGCCGGCAGGCCAUCCUGCGGGCGGUUGCGUCCAGGCCACUGGCUGGCAUCGGACAAUCGGCCUCGCGGGGCAUCAGGCCGGUGGCAAGCUCUGGAUUUCGAGGUGUUCCGAACGCAAGCCAGCAGUUCGGGACUGCUACGCAAAGGAACGCAGAGGCCAGGGCGGAGGCUGAAGGGCUAAGAGACGAGGAGGAUAUUGUCGACAACGACGAAUCCGCAGAUACGCCGUGGUUUCUGGAUGUUGAACCGCCCCGACGUGCUCCGCUGCAGCACAUUGCAUCGCUGCCGAAAGUGCCCGAAGAUGCGCCCCCUCUCCUCGAGCCGAUGAUGAAGUACAUAUACGAGGACAUGGGCUUGGACGAGCUGUCCAUGCUGGACCUCCGCGAUCUCGACCCGCCGGCAGCGCUUGGUCCCAACCUCAUCAUGAUCUUCGGAACGGCGCGAAGCGAGAGGCACUUGCACAUUUCUGCAGGGCGCUUCGUACGAUGGCUGCGCAAAAACCACCAAGUUGGCGCUCGGGCGGACGGGCUCAUUGGGCCCGGAGAGCUCAAGACGAAGCUGCGCAGGCUGAGGAAGAAGGCCAAGAUGCUGGGAACCAACACAAUGAUUCUGCCCGGCUCGGAUAACGGGAUUUCGACGGGCUGGGUCUGCGUCAACUUCAGAGCGCACGACCACGGAGCGCAGGAAUCCACCAGUUACGACGAAAGUGGACGGUUUUCUGGGUUCGGCACGCCGCUGACGGGAACGACGGUGGUUGUGCAAUGCAUGACGGAAUCGAGGCGAAACGAGCUUGAUUUGGAAACCCUUUGGCGAGGCAUACUGAAGCGGAACAUGGAGCAGAUGCAAAAGAUCAAGGGAAAGAAGGUGGUGGAUCCAUCAGAGCUGGAAUCAAUGGUCUCGGCGAAGAUCCAGAUGCCCGACAGCCCUUCCGCUCAGCAGUGGCAAGCCCUCAAACUGGCUUCUCAGCAGCAGCGGCAGUUUUCGACCAUGGCGCGACGCCUUCAAGCCCCUGCUCAGAGCAUAACAGAAGAUCAGCCGGAUAGUCCAAAGUUGGAUCUGAGCACGCUGCGGCGGCAUAUCCACGACGUUCAAGUGGCCGGAACUCCAGUGAGUCGCGAGACUCUCCAGGGCCUCGUCUCGGCCGUCUUCCAAGCCGAGGCGACUGCGGAAGAUACUGCGUCGAAACGACUCGCCUUGGUAGAUCAACUCAGUCUCAUGGCUGAGGAGCGCGGCCUCCCCGUCAUGUCCAAGGAUUGGCUCAUCACCCUCAUUGCAUCCAUUGUCACGUCUCCGGCAUAUGGGCCCGAGCUGCAGCAGGCACAGAAGAACGUGGAGUAUCUAUUAUCCACCAAGCAGUCAUCUGCGUUGAAGACGAGCGAUAUUCUGCGGCUCAUGGCAGCAUACGCGCACCGAUCAGACUGGGACAAGUUCUGGGACGCUUUCCGCUCACCGGCUCGAUUCAUGCUGCCUCGAUCACCGGAGCUGUACGAGUACGCGUACCGCGUCAUGGCGGCCACUGGCGAUCGAAAGCUGUGCACCGAUGCCCUGCGCUGGGUGUAUCCCGAGAUGCUCAAGGAAGAGCCCAAGGUAUGGCCAGUCGGAUCGCUGUACACAUCGUUGAAGGCGUGUAUCCUGGCUGCCGAUCCCUCUGCUGAGAGCCUGCUGCAUCACCCUCCUCCUCAGGACGCGCUGGAUGUGUUUGGCAAGCGGCAGUUGGCGCGCAGGGAGUUUGUGCGCGUGUUGAAGGAGGUUGAGAACAUGCGGCAUCAUUACGUGGGGGAGCAGGCGAGGGAGCACAGGGCGCAGACGCUUCGCAACUUGACCGGAGAAAUGCCGUCCAGGGACAGUUAG